GGUUCUUCAUCAUGGCGGCGUCAGCUAAAAAGAAAGGCAAGAAGGGGAAGACCCUUACCCUAACCGACUUCUUGGCAGAGGACAGCAGUGGCGGCUCAGCCCCAAGUUAUGCGCCCACCAAGCCUACCAGCUGGGCAGACGAGACUGAUGACCUGGAAGGAGACGUUACCACAACGUGGCACACUGAGGACGAUGUGUACCGUGCACCACCCAUUGAUCGUUCCAUCCUUCCUACGGCACCUCGUGCUGCCCGUGAGCCCAAUGUCGAUCGCUCACGUCUGCCGCGGUGCCCACCCUACACAGCCUUUCUAGGUAACUUGCCCUACGAUGUAACCGAGGACUCUAUCAAGAACUUCUUCCGAGGACUCAGUAUUAGCGCUGUACGGCUCCCAAGAGAAUCCAGUAACCCAGAACGGCUGAAAGGCUUUGGUUAUGCAGAGUUUGAUGAUGUGGAAUCUCUUCUGCAGGCACUUAAUCUAAAUGAGGAGAACUUGGGAAAUCGCCGCAUCCGUGUGGACAUUGCAGAUCAGUCCAAUGAAAAAGAGCGAGAAGACCGUUCCACAUCAGGUAGAGACCGUAAUCGUGGUGGUGACAUGGGGCCGGACAAAACAGACUUUGAUUGGCGAGCGAGGCGAAGUAGUGACAUGGAUGAUGGACCACGUAGAGAUGAUGAUUAUGGAGAACGAUCCCGAGAUCGCUAUGAAUCAGACCGGUACCGAGAUGGUCCACGACGGGACAGUGAUCGCUAUGACAAUGGCGGAGACAGAUACCGUGAUCGACAUGAUGAUCGGGAACGCAGAGACUAUGAUAGAGGCUACGACUCUCGUGGCGGAGGGCGGCGUGCUUUUGGAAGUGGAUUCCGGCGUGACUAUGAUGACCGCCGGGAUGACUUCCGCAGCAGUGGAGAUCGGUAUGGUGAUCGCCCUAGCGACCGUGAAGAUAGAUACGAAAGACGUGAUGAGAGACGAGAGGACAGAGGUCCUCCUCCAAGGCCCAAGCUGAAUCUGAAGCCUCGCAGCGUUCCGAAAGAGGAAAACCAGGGCAACGCACCUUCAGCCCCAUCCAGUCGAUCAGCCUCCAUCUUUGGAGGAGCCAAACCAGUGGAUACAGCUUCUAAAGAGAGGGAGGUAGAAGAGAGACUGAAGAAAGAACAGGAGCGGCUGCAAAGACAGCUGGAAGAAGACAAGGGGAGAGGACCAGAACGCAAAACCAGAGAGAGACAUCCCAGUUGGAGAAGUGAGGACCAUCCAACAGAGCGAUCACGAACAGGAAGCGAGUCAUCGCAACCAGGCAACACAAGCAGAGGCUCACGGCGUCGGGACAGUGAUCGUUCUACAGAUAACGAGGUUUUCAGUGGACGUAGUGAGGAGCCACCUUCUCCUGGAAGCUAUACCCCGUCAUCCAAGCAGGAGGGGCCUUCCCUUAAGGUGGUCCCAGCUCCACCUCCUAAAGAAAAUGCCUGGGCAAAGAGAAGUUCCAUCGGCAUGAGCUCCAGCACAAGUGAUGCAAAACCUCCUGCUACCAGAAGUUCUUCAAGCUCAGCUGACCAGAAAAUUCCCCAGAGAAGCAAAGAUGAAAACAAGACUGAUGGGGGACGCCGCGGUCGAGGAGGAGCCUCUGCUCCUGGAGCAGAAAAGGACAGGCGCAAGGAGACAGACAGAAAGGACGUCAGAAAAGACAGAGAACUUAGACCAGCAUCAGAGCCAAAGAAAUAUGAGGAACCUCCCAGUCCUAAAUUCAACUCAGUAAGUAAAUACGCAGCUUUAUUAAUGGACGGCGAGCCAGAAGACAACGCUGAGGACAAUAGAAAAUAAGAGGCAAAUAAGGUUUAAAAUAAAUUAUGAAUUAUUUCUCCAGCUUGAUUUCCAUGCAAGAGCUUAGCUCUGCUCCCAUAAAGCAAAACCUGGAGACGUUCAAGGAAACACCUACUUUUGGACUGACAUGAAUAUAAACGUGAGAAAAGUA